AUAUCUUGUAAUGCAUCCAAAUAUGACUCUAUUUUUAUUUAUCAAAAUGAGCAUAUCUCAACUCACCUAAAACUUAUACUAUCGACUUUUAACUUCCAUUCUCAAUUUCACGCACCUAAUUUCAUGUAACCCAUUUUGCAGCCAACCUACGCCAAGUUUUUUUUAAAGGGGGAGAGGGUGUCCUACCUGAUAGUUGAAGUGGGAGAGACUAAUUUCACUUUCUUUGUAAAACGGAGUGAGAGUGAGAGUGAGAUGAAAAGUUAAGGAAGAGAGAGUCAAUGAAAACCCCCCACAAACACAAAUCAUAUAGUAGUGCUUUAAUUAAACCCUGUUUCUCUCUUAACAUUUUCAAAACAAACCGAUAGAGAAAGAAGAGAGAGAUAGAGGAGAUUGAGAGAAUUAGAAUAUAGAGAGAAAGAUAGAGAUAAAAGGAGAGAUAGAGAAAGAUGAGGGAGCCACAAAAACCAUAGAAGAAGAAGAAAAUUAUAAAACAUAAAAAUUAAAAAAAAAAAAAAAAAAAAAAAAAAGAGAGAGAGAAAGAGAGAGAGAGUCAAAGGGGUUUCCCCACCAAAUGGAACUUACAGAUAUGCAGCAAAGCAACAAGCAGCAGCAGCAACAGCAGCAACAGCAUCAUCAUCAUCUCCACCAUCAGAACCAAAACAAAAAACAUGGCUCUUCUCAAUCACAAUCACAAUCUCCAUCUCCAUCUCCAUCUCCAUCCCCAUCUUCACAGCAACAACAGCAAAUUCAUGGAGUCCCUUUUGAUGGCAGAUCACCAGCUGCUACGGCAGGAGGAGCUCCACCUUUCAUGUCUUCCAUCUCCACUCUUGUUUCUCUCCCUCCUUCCAAUUCUUCUGCAUCGUCUUCUUCCUCCGCCUCCGCCGCCCUCGAUGCCUCACUCGUCAUCGCCACCAGAUCCGACACCGCCGCCGCCGCCGCCGAUCCAUCUCCCCGAUCUACCUCCAAUAACAACGCACUCAAGCGUUCCACCAAAGAUCGCCACACAAAAGUCGACGGUCGUGGCCGUCGUAUCCGUAUGCCGGCCACUUGCGCCGCUAGGGUUUUCCAAUUGACUCGUGAAUUAGGCCAUAAGUCCGACGGCGAAACCAUCGAGUGGCUUCUCCAACAAGCCGAACCUGCCAUCAUAGCCGCCACUGGCACCGGUACAAUCCCUGCUAAUUUCUCUUCCUUGAAUAUCUCAAUUCGUAGCAGUGGAUCUACUCUCUCCGCUCCUCCUUCAAAAUCCGCUCCUCAUUCCUUUCAUGGCGCUUUGGCUCUCGCUCACCAUCCCCAUGCUUACGAGGAAGGCUUCGCACAUGCUGCUCUGCUAGGGUUUCAUCACCAGCAACAGCAGCAACAACAGCAUCAACUCAAUUUAAUGACCGCCGAUCAAAUCGGCGACGCUCUUCCCAGCGGUAGCGGCGGAGGAGACUCGACUGACAACUAUAUGAGAAAACGAUUCAGAGAAGAUCUGUUUAAAGAAGAUACGCACUCUCCAGGGGAGAGUAGUGGAGGCGGUGGAUCUCCCAAAGCAAUGAAGAGCGAUCUGCAAUUAGAGAAACAACAACCAUCAGCUUCUUCGUCGGGGUUACUCCGGCCUGGGACGGCGAUGUGGGCGGUGGCGGCUCCAGGUCCGAGCAGUGGAGCGAGUAACACGUUUUGGAUGUUGCCGGUAACAACAGGUGGGGGAAAUGUGGGGAGUUCUUCAGGAGGCGGCGGCGGUGGGGGCGGCGGGGGAUUGGAAGCUCAUCAGAUGUGGCCAUUUUCGACGAGUGGAAACACAUUGCAGGCGCCGUUACAUUUGAUGCCAAGAUUCAACAUCCCGGAAAUUCAGGCGGCGGCGGGAGGAGGUGGAAGAGGCGGCGGGCAAUUGCAACUGGGUUCUAUGUUGAUGCAACAAGCGGCUGUAGGCGGCGGUGGUUUGGGAGUAUCGGAGUCGAAUUUGGGAAUGUUGGCUGCUCUUAAUGCUGCUUAUUCUAGAGGCGGCGGCGGCGGUUUCAAUAUCAAUUCUGAUAAUCAUCCAUUGGAGCAUCAUACUCACACUAAUGAUAGUGGAGACGAAGCUCCAAACACUUCACAAUGACAUAACAAACCUCGAGUAAGUUAUUCUUUGUGUAUAAAAACACACCUUUCAAUUUCCCCUUCCAUUCUUAAUUUGCAUUUUUAACUCCAUGAGCAUCCAUUUCAUUGAUGUGAACUUGAAUUAUCAACUUCGAAGUCUGAAUUUCAGUUUCCGCAACCAAAAGCAAGAACCAAAGUUCAAGACCAUGAUAUCAUGUGGGGAUCAUUUUUCUUUUUUACAUGUUUUAUUAAUUAUGAGUUUUUGUUUUUGUUUUUUUUCUCUGUCUUUUUUUUUCUUCUUAAUAUUGAUGAUGAAGAACAUAAGGAGAGAGGUAGGGGUAAUUUUUUUUUUUGUUUGAGAUGAUUUUGUUGGAAAAUUAGGCAGAUGAUUGAGAGUGAGACUGUAUAGGAGGGAGAGAUCUUUAUUCUAUAUUAUAUGUUUUAAUUAGAAUAUAUUUACCUGUUUUUACUUUUUUUUUACUAGAAAUGCAAUGAAUUUGAAACAAAAAAAAGGAAUUUCAUUUGAGGAAAAAAAAAGAAAAGAAAAAGACAAACUCAAAAGAGAAAUGUUCUUUGUGGCUAAGUUGUGUUGUUUUUCUUUCACUUUUUGACCCUUCUUCACUGCAUUAAAAAAGAGAGAGAAAAAAAGCAUCUCCUUUUUUCUAUCCUAUCCCUCUAUUAGAAUUAGAACCAUUUUUUUUUUUUUGGUGGUGUUUUUAGAUUA